CUUAUUGCUUUUAAAUCGAGAGUAGGCCUAUACCACAACUUUUCAUGUGGGCUCAACUUUUUUUGUUUUCCACCUUCAUUCUUUUGAGGAACUUUUUAUAAUUUUUAAUGACAUCUUUGUUUUUGUUGCUAGUUGUUUUUGUUGUUGUUUUAAGAAUAACAAUUUCAGAUUUACUGCAUCCAUAGAUAGUAGAGCCAUCAACAAUGUCCCAAGAAGACCGCACACCAGCAGAGGAUGACAAGCCCUUGCCUGCCCAGUCCAGCCACUGCGCAUCUGGAAGCACAGAGUCCGAGACCUCGGACGACCUGUCCGAAGCCUCAGAUACAGCUCUCUUUGGUGCCACCUCUGUCCUCCCGAGGCGGAAGCGUCGGCGGCGGACCAUCAUCGGGGCCGACCAACUCAUGAAGAUGGAGCAGCUCUACAAGCAGGAACAGUGGCCCGGACGGGAGAAGAAAGAGGCCCUGGCCAGGGAGAUUGGCAUGUCCACGCACUUCGUCAACAUCUGGUUCCAGAACAAGCGCUCCCGGAUGAAGAAGCUGGCCCAGGAGGAGGAAGAAUUGGAGAUUCUCCGCCAAAGCAGAAGCCCUGGGACUACUGUCAAGUUAGACUCUGCUCCAGGGCCUAGUAUGUUGACAAAGCCAAUAGCCAUAGCUCCAAAACCAGCCUUUGGAAAUCCCAUCAGGAGUCCCCUCACGCCUGUUAGAAUUCCUAAAGUAGGCCAGUGUGUGGUAUUAGGGCACAACAUCAGUGUCAGUAGUGGAAGUACAGCAGCUACUCCAGUACAGGCCAGUGGAGCAUCUAUACACCCGAGUCCUACUGUCAAGGUGCAGAAUACUACUUCAAGCAGCAAAAAACACUCCAGAAUACAGUCACUCCAGACGUCCACAGCCCCACCAAAGCCGCCCACUUCACUCCGGCCUCAGCAACUGUCAGUCAGCUCAUUAGGACUCCCAUUACGCAGAACCAACCACGCCCCACUGUCGAUGCCAGAGACCACGGGACAGCUGAAUUUCUUCAAGUGCUUGGUCUCCAUGAUGGCCUUGGAGGAAGGGGGGCUCAUCAAGAAAGGCGACCCGGUGUUUGACGUGGCAGUAAAUGCUGCCCUCUAUGGCCUGCGGAUGGCCAACGGCAACAUCUUGACGUACAGGAAGAACCGAGGGCUGUUCAUUCACAAUGACCAGUGAGGCCGAGCCGCGAAACAUCUCGCCAGGAAUUGCAAGGACUAUAAAUGAACACAUACAAUGAGCAGCAUCUUGCCCUUUUUAGAUUUCAUGUUGCAAACUGUAUUUUUCCCAAUAAACCUUUUAUGCAUUAAAGGGAAAAUACAACAUUUGCAAACAUCAAAAAAUAAA